ACAGGGGCAUGGGGGAAUUUUGGAGGGUGUUUGAUGGAACUGCUCUGUUUCUUGAUUGUUAUAAUGACUAUAUGCUUUGUCAAAACUCACAAAAGUAUACAUUAAAAAGUGAAUUUUACUGCAGUGAAUUAUAUAUGCAGUAACAGAUUUUAAAAGAAACUCUCCUGCUCAGGGUUUCAGGUUAAUUCUUUGGAGUUCACAAGAACUCAGUGACAUAUGACUUAUAGGAUAAGGACAUAGGAGCUUUUCUGGAGCAGGAGAGGGUGAGGAUGGAGCACAGAGCCCUUUCAGCUGAACCAAGUGAAAUAUCUCUUUUCGGGGAGUUUGUCAGGGAGAAAAAGUACCAGACAGAGGCUGAGAUGUUUGGAUGAAGUUUUGUCUUUGAGGACUUUGUCUCCGAUGAGCUUAGAAACAAAGCAACUCAGCAGAUGAAGUCUGUUCUCUGGUGGCUUCCAGUGGAAAGGGCAUUCUGGAGGCAGCCUGCAGGUCCCGGCUCUGGCAUCCGAGAGAGACUGGAGCUCCCAGUGGUACAUGUGAGCUGGAAUGAUGCUCGUGCCUACUGUUCUUGGAAGGGGAAAUGGCUGCCCAGUGAAGAAGAGUGAGAGUUUGCUGCCUGAGUGGGCUUGAAGGGUCAGAUUUACCCAUGGGGAAACCAGUUCCAGCUACAUCGCACCAACCUGUGGCAGGGAAAGUUCCCCAAGGGCGACAAGGCUGAGGAUGGCUUCCAUGGAGUCUCCCCAGUGAAUGAUUUCCCCCCACAGAAUAACUAUGGGCUCUAUGACCUCAUGGGCGAUGUGUGGGAGUGGACAGCUUCACCAUACCAAAAUGCCGAUCAGGACAUGCAUGUCCUCCAGGGAGGGUCCUGGAUCAAUACAUCUGAUGGCUCCGCCAAUCACCAGGCCUGGGUCACUACCAGGAUGGGCAACACUCCAGAUUCAGCCUCCGACAACCUAGGCUUCCGCUGUGCUUCUAGUUUUGGCCAACUGCCUGGGGAGCUGUGAGCAGCUAUGUAAAGCCAAGGAGAAGAGUCCUCUGUGGUACCCAUGUCACUCCCUGGUGACAUUCCAAACACAGCCAAACUCCAAACUCUUCACCUUCAGCCUCAGGAAUGACCUUCCUCUUCCCCAUCCCUCUGUGACAGGCACCUCUCACCAAGGUAGGUGAGACCUCUGACUUCAGAGAAGGGGUGGCUCUAUCUCUUAGAGAAAGGGCCCAACUUAUUGAUUAUGGCUGGGAGCUGGCCUAUUAGAGGCCAAAUAUUAAUCAUAUAGGGGCCAAAUACUCAAGAGUGCUCUGAAAGGCAGUUUGUUAAAAAAUUUUAAAUCUGUUCCCUCCCCCUUUCUCGAUGUCUGAUUCAGGGAUCUGACAUUGUGUUCUCAAGGCAUAAUUUUCCCCCAGUUCUCUUUGUUGUCUCAGCAAAUUGCUACAGAAAGAAAAUGCUUCCUUCAUUUGCC